AUGCCUGUCGUACCACCAGAGAAGCUGGUCAAGCUCCAGCAGCAGGGGGAAGGCAUUAGAAACAUAUGCAUCCUGGCUCAUGUUGACCAUGGGAAAACGUCCUUGACAGAUGCACUCAUUGCCACAAAUGGCAUUAUCUCACCUAAACUAGCGGGCAAGAUCCGAUAUCUGGAUUCCAGACCCGAUGAGCAACUACGGGGCAUUACGAUGGAGUCGUCGGCGAUAUCGCUAUACUUCUCGUUGUUACGAAGAAAUACUCCCGAAGCUCAACCAGAGCAGAAAGAGUACUUGAUCAAUUUGAUUGACUCGCCUGGACAUAUCGACUUCAGUUCAGAGGUCUCGACGGCAUCAAGACUUUGUGACGGCGCUGUGGUGCUUGUAGAUGCGGUCGAGGGCGUAUGCUCACAGACAGUCACUGUGCUGAGGCAAACGUGGAACGAGAGACUCAAACCUAUACUCGUCAUAAACAAGAUGGACCGCCUCAUCACUGAGUGGAAGCUCAGCCCUAGCGAAGCUUACACACAUCUGAGUAAGCUACUGGAACAGGUCAACGCCGUAAUGGGCUCCUUCUCGUUAGGUGAGCGAAUGGAGGACGACCUGAGGUGGCGCGAACGCAUCGACGAGAAGGUGACCGCUGCAGCCGCAGCCAAAGAUCAGGAUGAAGAUGUAAAUGGCGGUGCUCCAAAGUCUCGGAAAGCUCAAGUCAUGGAGGAUGACGAGGGCGUGAUCACUAGCACACCAGCAGAGUAUGAGGAAAAAGAAGACGAGGAUAUCUAUUUCGAGCCGGAAAGAAACAACGUAAUCUUUGCAUCCGCUAUAGAUGGCUGGGCAUUCACACCACGACAAUUCGCCGGCCUGUAUGAGAAGAAGCUAGGCAUCAAGCGCCAAAUCCUGGAGAAAGUGCUGUGGGGUGACUUUUAUUUGGAUCCGAAGACGAAGCGAGUGCUGGGACCGAAGCAUUUGAAAGGCAGACACCUCAAGCCAAUGUUCGUCCAACUUGUGCUGGAACAAGUAUGGGCUGUCUACGAAGCCACGACUGGUGGGCCAAAUGGCAAGGGUGACCAGCCACUGCUCGAAAAGAUCACGAAGAGUUUGAGUAUCAAUAUUCCCGCCCACAUAAUGCGAUCGAAGGACCCCAAGGCGCUUCUAAGCGCCGUGUUUAGCGCAUGGCUACCACUUUCGACUGCUCUUCUGGUAUCUGUGAUCGAGCAGCUACCAAAUCCUCCAACAGCACAAGAAGCACGGAUACCUGCGUUGAUCGAGGCGUCACCUGGCUCGGAUCAUGUCGACGAGAAGAUCAAGAGCGCUAUGACACAUUCGUCAAACACCGUGGGUGAGCCAGUAGUUGCAUAUGUGAGCAAGAUGGUGUCAGUGCCAGAGAGCGAACUUCCCAUGAACAAACGACGAGGUGGCAUGCUAAGUGCCGAAGAAGCUCGCGAGUUGGGUCGCAAGAAGCGAGCUGCAAUCGCCAGAUCUCAAGCACAAGCCAAUGGUGAAGCUGAUGUGAGCUCCGUGACCGAUGCACUGAGUAGUGCUGCUAUCGGAGACGAGGAUCAGAUCGGGACGACGCCUUCUACGAACGGGCAAGAACUGGAGACAGAUCCCGAACAUCUCAUCGGGUUUGCCAGACUCUUCUCGGGUACUCUGACCGUUGGAGACGAAGUCUAUGUCUUGCCGCCCAAGUACACGCCAGCACGGCCACACGCAAGCCCACAGCCAAAGAAAGUCACGAUCACUGCUCUGUAUCUACUCAUGGGCCGAAGCUUGGAGUCUUUGAACUCUGUACCGGCUGGAAACGUGGUCGGUAUCGCGGGUCUCGAAGGCGCAAUCGUGAAAUCUGGUACGAUCUGCUCGCAACUGGAGGGCGCGCCAAAUCUAUCGUCGACUACUGCAAUAUCCACGAAUGCGCCCAUUGUCCGUGUCGCGCUCGAGCCAGCAAACCCAGGUGAUCUGGACAAGAUGAUCAGAGGACUCAAGCUGCUUGAACAAGCUGAUCCUGCUGUGGUAUACGAGCAGCUAGAGAGUGGAGAGCAUGUCAUACUUACAGCUGGUGAGCUGCAUCUUGAGCGGUGCUUGAAGGACUUACAGGAGCGUUAUGCCAAGUGCGAAGUGCAGGCUGGUGAAGCUAUUGUGCCGUACCGAGAGAGCAUCGUCAAAGGCGAGGAGAUGAAUCCUGCGAAGCAUCCAGAGCUUGGCCGUGGUGGUGUCGAAGGCGUAACGACAAGCAAGCAGGUCACCAUACGAGUACGAGUCAGACCGCUUCCAGCGCCCGUCACUGAAUUCCUCGUGAAGCAUACUGGUGCCAUCAAGAGACUGUACUCCGAGCGACAGGCUCAGGAUCAGGAGCGCACGAGUGGCAACGGCCAGGACGAAGGCAUAGGAGCUGAUCCGGAGGACGUUGGUGAGCAAGAGAUCGAAGCCGAAGAUACUUCGGCUGAGGCAGGACAAAAUCUUUCCAUGGCCGAGUUCAAGGAGAAGCUUACUUCGGCUUUUACGAGGGAGAAGGCUGACAGGGAAGUUUGGAAGGAUGCUGUCGAGCGCAUCGCCGCUUUUGGUCCUAGGCGAGUUGGUCCUAAUGUCCUGGUCGACAUGACCCACGACAUGGUUUGUGGCAAAUUCCUCCGGGAAGAACACGAAAUCGAAGCAGAUGACACUGAUAACAAGGCUGCUAAGCAUUACUCAACAUUCGCUGACAAAGUUGCUUAUGCCUUCCAGCUCGCUACCUACCAGGGACCAAUGUGCAAUGAGCCUUUGCAAGGGGUUGCGGUGAUCCUGGAAGAUAUCUGCACCCAUUGCUCAGACGAUGAAGCCUCACAGAACGUUGGUAGGCUCACCGGCGAGAUCAUUCGGACUACUCGCGAAUCCAUCCGGCAAGGCUUCCUCGACUGGUCUCCCCGCAUUCUACUCGCAAUGUACAGUUGCGAGAUCCAAGCAUCAGCCGAAGUCCUAGGUCGCGUCUAUGGUGUGAUCACCCGCCGUGGAGGUCGUAUCGUGUCCGAGUCACUUCUUGAGCCUAGCACGAACUUCACGAUUCUGGCUUUGCUGCCAGUUGCUGAAUCGUUCGGCUUCAGUGAUGAGAUCAGGCAACGCACAUCUGGCUUCGCAGCUCCUCAGCUCGUUUUCGAGGGUUUCGAGAUGCUGGAUGAGGAUCCUUACUGGGUGCCUACAACGGAGGAGGAACUGGAGGAUCUGGGCGAGAAGGCGGACAAGGAGAAUGUGGCUAUGAGGUAUGUCGAGCGUGUCAGAAGGAGGAAAGGGUUGGCAUUGAACAAGAAAGUGGUAGAGAGUGCAGAGAAGCAGAAGACGUUGAAGAGGUAG